CCAGGGCCGCCCGCAGCUGCGUCCGUGCGUGCUGCUCCGCGCUGCGGGACGGGGGCUGGCGCGCUGCUCCCACGGGUGGCCGUUCCUUCUCCCUAGCCGGCCCUUCUCCUCAGCCGCCUCCCGCCGCGCCGCUCGAAGAUAUAAAUGACUUUUCUGUUAGUCUGAAUCAUGAAUCUUGCAUUACAUGAGCUGUUCAUUUGUUGUCGUCGCCUUGAAAAUGAGAAAGCCGUGGAGCGCAGGAAGGAAAUAGAAAAUUUCAAGCGACUUCUCCGUGAUUCUGAAACAGUUCUCCAGCUGGACAGGAGUUCUGAUGCUAAACAAGGAAAGCAGCUCAACUGGGAUGCUGUAUUUAGUGUCUUGCAGAAAUAUUUUCAGAAAGAAAUUAAGAACCUUCAGCUGGCAAAGCCAAAUGCAUCUGCUUCAACCCAAACUGCCAGACAGAAAAAGAUUCAAGAAUUGGGCAGUUUGGUCAAAUACUUCAUCAGAUGUGCUAAUAAAAGAGGACCCAGACUGAAAUGUCAGGAACUUCUGAUUUACGUCAUAGAAAUCAUAAGAGAUCCAACAAGUUGUGCUGCUUAUGGAUCUGACUGUAGUAGUAUACUCCUAAAAGAUAUCCUCUCAGUAAGGAAAUACUGGUGUGAGAUAUCCCAGCAGCAGUGGUCAGAGUUGCUGGUCCUGUAUGGCCAAUUAUACUUCAGACCUUCUGGGAAGAUUAAUAGAGUCUUGGUGGCUCGGAUAAUUCACACACUAACAAGGGGUUACUGCUUCCAGACUGAUGAGUUGAGUUCAGACAUGUUUAUCUUCUUUUCAAAAGCAAUACAGGCUGCAAGGCAGGAGAGGAAUAUUGCAGACCUGGAUCAUAUCAUUGGAGCAAUUAAUGUCUUCUGCAAUAAAUUUGCUGUGAACUGUCGCAUAAGGAUUUGUAAAGUAGGGGAAGAAAUUUUGCCUACAGUGCUUUAUAUAUGGACUCAGUAUAGACCAAAGGAUUCCCUGAAGGAAUCAAUAAUUGAGUUAUUUCGUCUUCAAGUUCAUAUUCAUCAUCCAAAGGGUGCAAAAACUCAGGAAAAAGGUGCAUAUGACUCAGCUAAAUGGCGAAGUAUCUUACAUAACCUCUAUGAUCUGCUCGUGAAUGAAAUAAACCUCAUCAGCAGUAGAGGAAAAUAUUCUUCAGGCUCACGUAACAUUGCUGUAAAGGAAAAUUUGAUUGAGUUAUUGGCUGAUAUUUGUCAUCAGGUUUUUGCAGAAGAUACCAGAGUUCUGGAAAUUACUCAGUCAUAUGCCAUUUCACAAAGAGAGCCCAGUGAUGAAGCAGUACCAGGCAAGCGCAAGAGGAUUGAACUGGGCUGGGAGUUAAUUCGAGACAACCUGCAAAGAUCACAGAAGGAUUUUGAUGUCAUACCUUGGUUACAGAUUGCAGCUCAGUUAAUAUCAAAGUAUCCCAUGAGUCUGCCUAACAAUGAGCUCCCUCCCUUACUAAAUGUACUUCACCAGUUACUGCCUCAGCAGCGACGAGGAGAGAGGACCCCAUAUGUGCUGAAGUGUCUUAAAGAGGUAGCUUUGUGUCAAAACCAGAAGACUGACUUGAAAAGCACCCACAAGUUGGAGCUCCAGAGAAUCUGGGCAAAGAUUUGGUCUCUAACCAUUCGUAGCGUAAGUUUCCAGCAAAUUGAAGUGGAAAACUUUGGGCUACUUGGAGCUAUGAUUCAAGGAAACCUGGUUGUAACAGAUAAAGAACUCUGGAAGAUAUUUUCAGGAUCUGCAUGCAAGCCUUCAAGUUCUGCUGUAUGUUGUUUAUCAUCAGUGAUGUCUGCCUAUUCAGUGCCAGAUAAUUUGGACAUAGGAGCGGAACUGAGUAAUUCUGAAAGAAAUCUGGAUUCUGUGUUAAAGGAGGCAAUCAUGAAAUGGCUACUGUCCUACUAUUUGGGGGAAGAAAUGGAAGAAUGUGCAGAGUUGCCUACGGUGCUCUGCAGCGAUUUUCCUCAUCUUAUACUACCAAAAAUUCUUGUGAGCCUUACAAUGAAGAACUGCAGAGCUGCAAUGAUUUUUUUUGAAAAUGAUGCUAAAUGUGUGCAACACUUGCAAAGGAAAGAAGAAAACAGUUUUUCUGAUGUUGAAGAGCUUUAUCUGCAGACAACAUUUGAUGAAGUGGACAUUUUCACUAACUUUGCAGUAAAUGUUGCAGAUAAAAAUAUGACUGGUUCGAGACUUACCAUCAGCCAAAAUCUCAAGGAAACACUGGAGCAUUGUCUUUUGGCAAUUUCAGAAAAGCUUUUAAGCAGCUAUGCUCCUAAGUUUAAGGUUGUUACUGCAGAGCAUCUUGUCCGAUGUGUCAGUCUCUUGGUGGGUGUUCUUGGUUGCUAUUGCUACACUGGGAUAUUUAAAGAGGAGGAUGCCUGUAAGUCUGACUUGUUCCAGAACGCGAAGGUCGUUGAUGAAGAUGUUGAACAAGACUGGCCCCAGAACCGAUCCCUGUGUAACUCCACUGGCCACUGGCCUCCAACUCGAUCCUGUGCCAUUGAUCACCACCCUCUGGGCUCUGUCAUUCAGCCAUCUCUCCAUCCACCUCACUGUCCACUCAUCCAAGCCACACUGCUUGAGCUUUCUGAUGAGGAUGUUGUGGGAGACAGUGUCAAAAGCCUUGCUGAAGUCAAGUCACUCAUUCAUUAUGCUGGCGAGAGCAUUUCUCAAUCUAAAACCAAACUUAAUGAAGACACCCAGAUCAACUCACUGCGGACUUUGAUGAUGCAGUGUACAAAGUGUUUGUGCAGUUGUACCAAGAACAGUGCUAAUAAAAUGAUGUCUAAUAUAUUCCUGCAUUUGUUAACAUCAAAAUUUAUGAAUGAUCUUGUAGAUAUUUGCAAAAAUCUGAUGGCAUUCACUGGAAAACCAAGUGAACUGGGAGAAGUGGAUCUAAUGGGGAAUGAUCCUGGAGACAGUAUAAUGGAAGUAGAUAACCAAGUAGCUGAUGAUCUAUUUGAUGAUCAUUCAGUGGCUGACAUCAGUGAUACAAAUGAAUCUGGUGAGAUGCAAACUGUAACAGGUGCUUUGAGCCCGUUAGCUGAAGAACAGUUGGCAAAGCAAGAUUUACUUCUUCUUGAAAUUCUGAGGUUCCUAUGUAUUUGUGUAACUGCAGCCCAAACUCAGACAGUGAGCUUCCGGGCCUCUGAUGUACGGAGGAAGCUAUUAAUGCUUACUGAUGGCAGUGUGUUUGAUAGUGCUAAGCCAUUGCACCUGCACAUGUACUUGGUUCUUUUGAAGGAGCUCCCUGCCGAAGAACACCCCUUGCCUGAAGAGGAUGUUGUUACUCUUCUUAGUCCUCUUCCUGCUGUGUGUUCUUUGUACCGUCGAGAUCAAGAAGUUUGUAAAGUAAUUCUAAAUAAUUUACUUCCUAUAACAGUAGGCUUGGCCCAGUGCAACACACAUACUGAAGAGGCAGGGCUUGCCCAAGGACAGUUUUUGAAAGUUGUUGGAGCCUUUUGGCAUUUAGCUCGAGGAGGGAAAUGCACAGCACCAGUUAGGGUGGCCCUUUUAAACUGCAUGAAAGCCCUGCUUGAGGCUGAUCCUUAUUGCCAGUGGGCCAUCCUGGAAGUGAUAAAUGAAAGUCUUCCUGUGAGUGAUGCUUUCCCACAUUUUCUCGCAGAUAGUCACCAUCAAGUUCGCAUUCUUGCUGCAAGGUCUAUUAUCAGUUUGUUUCAAGAUGUGAAACAGAGAGAUUCUUCUGGAAUGUCAAAACCUCUUCCCUUGAAGCUCCAGCAAAAGGCUUUUGAGAAUGCAUAUCUCAGAGCUCAGGAAGGAAUGAGAAAUCUGAAUCUCAGGGGUGAUGCAAGUCCUGAAGAUCUUUUGGACAAACAGUGUAAUGGAAAAGCAGUUUUGCUGAUGCUUAUAACCAUGGUUCUGUGCUGCAGUCCGGUCUGUGAAAAGCAGGCUUUGUUUGCCAUUUGCCAGUCUGUUAAAGAGAAUGGAUUAGAACCUCACCUUGUGAAAAAGGUUUUGAAAAAAGUAUCUGACUUUUUUGGCUAUAAAAGUAUAGAAGACUUCAUGACAUCACAUUUAGACUAUUUGGUGAUGGAGUGGCUGAAAAUAAAUGACAGUGGAUAUAGCCUGUCUGCUUUUCCUUAUGUUCUUCUGAACUGUACGAGCCUUGAGGAAUUCUACAGGUCUUAUUAUAAAGUUUUGGUUCCACACUUGGUGAUUAGAAGUCAAUUUGAAGAUGUGAAAUCACUUGCUGAAAAGAUUGAAAAAGAUUGGAGGCAGGUUCUAGCAGACUGUUUUCCAAAGAUACUUGUGAAUAUCCUCCCAUAUUUUGCCUAUCAAAGUCAUGGAAAGCGUGAAGUAGCAGAGCAGAGAGACACAGCUUCUCAAGUCUACGACAUGCUUAAAGAUGAAAAUUGCUUAGGAAAGCAGCAAAUUGACAAUUUAUCUCAUAAUAACUUACCAGAGAUUGUGGUUGAACUGUUGAUGACCUUCCAUGAACCACCUGAUUCCACGGUAGAAGAAGGAGCUCGUCUAAGUAAAUAUAUAAGGGAACUGGAUCCUGCUCCUAAUCCUCCUCAUUUUCCAUCUUACGUGAUUAAGGGAACCUUGGACUAUAUUAGCAACUGUCAUAAAAGCAAAUUAAAAAGUCUUAUAGCAGUUCUUUCUAAAAGCCCUGAUUCGUUCCAGAAAAUCCUGCUAGCCCUAUGUAAGCAUGCAUCAGAUACAAACAACAUUUACAAGAAACACAGAUUUCUUAUCAUUUAUCACUUGUUUGUUAAUCUGUUACUUAAAGAGAUAAAAGAUGGUUUAGGGGGAGCAUGGGCUUUUGUCCUUCGAGAUGUAAUUUACACCCUGAUUCACCACAUCAAUAGCAGGCCUGUUAUUAUCAGAGAAAUAUCCAUGCGCAGCUUUUCACUCUGUUGUGAUCUUCUUCAUCAUGUUUGCCACACAGCAGUUACGUGUUGCAGUGAUGCUCUAGAGAGCCACCUUCAUGUUAUUGUAGGAACCCUAAUACCUCUCGCUGUGGACCAGCCUGAGAUUCAGGAACAGAUCCUAGGUUUGUUGAAGUACCUGGUGAUAGAUAAUAAGGAUAAUGAAAAUCUGUACCAAGCAAUUAAAUGCUUAGAUCCUUUCCCUGAAUACCCAGCUUUUAAAGAUCUGCGAGCAGCCCAACAGAAAAUAAAAUACAGCAAAGGACCAUAUUCUCUGUUGGAGGAAAUCAAUCACUUUCUCUCGGUUGGUAUUUGUGAUUCACUGCCCUUAACACGGCUGGAAGGACUGUAUGAGUUACGCAAACAAUUGGAACAAUAUAAAGAUCAGAUGAAGGAUCUCCUGAAAAAUUUCCAGGAAAAGCCAGAAGAUUCUGUAGUAGUGAAAUUGGUGGUGAACUUACUGCAGCUGGCCAAGAUGGCAGUUAACCAUACAGGCGAAAAAGCUGUACUGGAGGCCGUUGGGAGUUGCUUGGGAGAAAUAGGUCCCAUGGAUUUCUCCACCAUAGCUCUUCAGCGUGCUGAAAAUGCACUGGAAUCUAAAGCAGCAGACUUCCUUGAAGAUAGAAAACUUCAGUGGGUCUUCAUAAUGUUAACUCAAAUAAAUAUUGCUUUAACAGAUAAUUGUAUUGAUGUUAGAGCUGCUGCUGUUUCCUGUUUGAAGAACAUAUUAGCCACCAAGUCUGGCAGUGAAUUUUGGGAAGUUUAUAAAAGUAAAGCUGAUCCCAUGUUAAUCUAUCUACAGCCUUUCAGAAUGUCGAGGAAAAAGUUUUUUGUAGUACCUGCUAAUGAUACCGAGGGUGCUUUAGAAACUCUGGAUGAUACAAACCUAUGGAUUCCUCUGAGAGAAAGUCAUGAGACCUGGAUCAAACGCCUAACUAGUUCAAUACUGGAUAGUGGGGGUGUACAAAAUGAAGUGCUCCAGUUAAUGAAGCCACUGUGUGAGGUGAAAACAGACUUGUGUCAAACUUUGCUCCCAUACCUGAUUCAUGAUAUCCUUCUUCAUGACUCAGAUGAAUCUCAGAGAAAUCUUUUAUCAGUUCAUAUCCAGAAGUUUUUUACUGCCUGUUGCAGAUUUGCCUCAUCUAGUAGAUCAUCUACUCCUCCAAAUUCUGAUUCAGAGCAAGAAACCCAUAAUUUUAGAAGCUUGGAUAAAGUCUCUCGACGAGCCAUGCUUGCUGUUGUUGAUUACUUAAGAAGACAAAAGAGAUCUGUUUCAGGUACAGUUUUUGAUGACAGCUUCUGGCUAGAUCUGAAUUAUCUUGAGGUUGCUAUAGCAGCCCAGUCAUGUGCUGCUCACUUCACAGCCUUGCUCUACGCAGAAAUCUAUGCGGACAAGAUAAAUAAAGACAAACAGCAGGAAAGGUCAUCUUUUAAAGCAGCUAAGAGUUUGACAUUUGAAGAAGAAAGUCAAAAAACAACUAUUACUAUUUUGAAUGAAAAAAGUAAAGAAGAAACUGGCAUAAGUUUGCAGGACCUUCUGAUGGACAUAUACAGAAGUAUUGGAGAACCUGACAGUCUCUAUGGCUGCGGUGGAGGAAGAAUGCUACAGCCAUUAGCACGAAUAAGAACAUAUGAACAUGAAGCAGUGUGGGAGAAAGCCCUUGUAACAUAUGACCUUGAGGCAAGCCUCCCUCCAUCUACUCGCCAGGCAGGAAUAAUAGAGGCUUUGCAGAAUUUUGGGCUUUGCCACACUCUUUCCAUGUAUUUAAAAGGACUAGAACAUGAAAACACCGAGUGGUGUGCAGAGCUACAGGAAAUACGCUACCAGGCAGCGUGGAGGAAUAUGCAGUGGGGCCACAUCUCUGCCAUCAAAGACGAGACAGAAAGACCAGGCUACCAUGAAUCAUUGUUUGAUGCUCUUCAGUCUUUACGAGAUAAAGAAUUCUCCACUUUCUAUGACACACUUAAAAAUGCCAGAGUGAAUGAAGUAGAAGAGCUGUGCAAAGGCAGUCUUGAGUCUGUUUAUUCAUUAUAUCCAACUCUUUGCAGACUACAGCUAAUUGGAGAAUUGGAAAAUAUAGGUCUGCUGUUCUCCAGAUCUGUUACUACUCAACAACUGAAUGAUACUUACUUGAAAUGGCAGAGACAGUCCCAGCUGCUGAAGGACAGUGACUUCAGUUUCCAGGAACCUAUCAUGGCUCUGCGCACUGUGAUUUUGGAGAUCUUGCUUGAAAAGGAGAAUGAAAAUAACACAAGAGAAUGUAUAAAAGACAUUCUGACCAAACAUCUAGUGGAGCUCUCUAGAUUGGCAAGAACUGCUAAAAAUACACAGCUUCCAGAAAAAGCUAUGUUUCAGAUCAAACAAUACAAUACAACAGGAUAUGGAGUUUCUGAAUGGCAACUAGAAGAAGCUCAGGUUUUCUGGGCUAAAAAGGAAGAGAGUCUUGCACUGAAUAUUCUUAAAGGGAUGAUAAAAAAAUUAGAUGCAGAUUGGUUUCAGGUUGAGAAGGAUCCUCGUCUGAAACUGAUGUAUACAGAAUGUCUGAGGCUAUGUGGAACCUGGUUAGCAGAAACAUGCUUGGAAAACCCUACAGACAUCAUGCAGAAAUACUUAGAAAAGGCUGUGGAAAUUGCCGCAAGCCACAGUGGGGACAGCAGUGAUGAAUUGAAGAAAGGAAAGAUGAAGGCUUUCCUGUCUUUGGCUCGUUUCUCGGAUAAUCAGUACCAGCGAAUUGAGAACUACAUGAAAUCCUCAGAGUUUGAAAAUAAGCAGGCAUUACUGAGGAAGGCCAAGGAGGAGGUUGGCCUCCUCAGGGAGCGUAGAGUUCGGACAAAUAGAUACACAGUGAAGGUUCAGCGGGAACUAGAACUGGAUGAAUGUGCCAUACAUGCCCUAACGGAGGAUCGUAAACGUUUUUUGUGUAAAGCAGUGGAGAACUACAUCAGCUGUUUGCUAAGUGGGGAAGAACAUGAUAUGUGGAUCUUCCGACUCUGUUCCCUAUGGCUUGAAAAUUCGGGAGUUGAUAGAGUCAAUGAAAUGAUGAAGAAAAAUGCAGAGAAGAUCCCUUCGUACAAGUUUUUGCCUCUGAUGUACCAGCUGGCUGCUCGGAUGGGAACCAAGAUGAUGGGUGGUUUAGGAUUUCAUGGAGUUCUCAAUAAUCUAAUAUCUAGAAUUUCAUUGGACCAUCCACAUCAUACUUUGUUUAUAAUAUUAGCUUUGGCAAAUGCUAACAAAGAUGAACUCCUCAUGAAACCAGAUGCAAUGAGAAGAAAUAAGUUAAUAAAAAAUGCACCAAAGGAGAUCUCCCAGCUCGAUGUGGACAGAAUGGAGGCUGCUAGCAAUAUAAUCAAUAUUGUAAGAAGAAGGAGAGCUCAUAUGGUUAGAGACAUUGAAGCACUUUGUGAUGCUUACAUUAUUUUAGCAAAUGUAGAUGCUACUCCAUGGAAAUCUCAAAGAAAAGGAAUAAGUAUUCCGGAUGACCAGCCAAUUAUUAAACUGAAGGACUUGGAGGAUGUUGUUGUUCCUACCAUGGAACUUAAGGUGGAUCCCACAGGAGAAUAUGAAAAUUUGGUGACAAUAAAGUGUUUUAAGCCAGAAUUUCGCUUAGCAGGAGGCCUGAAUCUGCCUAAGAUAAUAGAUUGUGUAGGAUCAGAUGGUAAAGAAAGGAGGCAGCUGGUUAAGGGGCGUGAUGACCUGAGACAAGAUGCUGUCAUGCAGCAGGUUUUCCAGAUGUGCAAUACAUUGCUCCAGCAAGACACUGAAACACGGAAGAGGAAACUCACUAUCAGAACAUACAAGGUGGUUCCCCUCUCCCAGAGAAGUGGUGUUCUCGAGUGGUGCUCGGGAACAACUCCCAUUGGGGAGUUUCUUGUUAAUCCUGAAGAGGGAGCUCACAAGAGAUACAGGCCAAAAGAUUAUCCCAGCCUUCAGUGUCAGAAAAUUAUGAUGGAUGCACAAAAGAAACAUUCUGAAGAGAAGUACAGCAUCUUCAUGAAGGUCUGUGAGAAUUUUCAGCCUGUGUUCCGUUAUUUCUGUAUGGAAAAAUUCCUGGAUCCUGCUGUGUGGUUUGAGAAGCGGUUGGCCUACACUCGCAGUGUGGCAACAUCUUCCAUAGUUGGCUACAUUCUUGGACUUGGAGACAGACAUGUUCAGAAUAUCUUGAUAGAUGAACAAACAGCAGAACUGGUGCAUAUAGAUCUGGGGGUUGCUUUUGAGCAAGGUAAAAUCCUUCCCACACCAGAGACGGUUCCAUUUAGAUUAACCAGGGACAUUGUGGACGGGAUGGGUAUUACUGGCGUGGAAGGAGUCUUCAGAAGAUGCUGUGAGAAAACGAUGGUGGUUAUGAGGAACUCUCAAGAAGCUUUGCUGACUAUUGUGGAGGUGCUGCUCUAUGAUCCUCUUUUCGACUGGACUAUGAACCCCUUGAAAGCUUUGUACUUGCAGCAAAGACCAGAUGAGGCUGACAUGAGCUCCACACUCAGUGCUGACCCGCAAGAAUGUGCAAGAAAAGCCAGCAGUGAUGACCAGAGUUUCAACAAAGUGGCUGAGCGUGUUCUGAUGAGACUUCAGGAGAAGCUGAAAGGUGUUGAGGAGGGAACAGUGCUCAGUGUGGGAGGGCAGGUGAACCUCCUCAUACAGCAGGCCAUGGACCCUAAAAAUCUGAGCCGGCUCUUUCCUGGCUGGAAGCCCUGGGUGUGACUGGGAAGGAUUCCACACUGGGAACUUUUUUUUUAUGCAGGAAGUGUCUUAGCAUUUCACAUUAUCAUUUCACUAUUAAAGCUUGUAUUGGGAGCAAUCAUAAUGGUGGGUGGUUUGGGCUGUUUUUUUUUCAAUACCCUUUUACCAAGAAAACAUCUUUUGUCCACUCGUGUUCAUCAUACAGUGUAAACCACCAACCAGUGCUUUGAUUUUCCCUGUGACCUGUCAGGCCUUCGCUGAAGGCACAUGGGGUGCUUCAUUUCUUAAAGGCUAAAGUCAGAGCUUUCUGUAUAGUAAUUCUGUGUGAAAAUGUGCCCAUAUAGAGGGGAUGAUCUAAAAUCCAGGAGUCACAAAAUAUCUAGCUAAAGUGCAUUUCAAAAGAGGAGUUAAACUUUAAAGAUAAUGCUGCAGUGAUUAUAAAAGGAAGCCAGGGAACCAUAUGUUCAGUGAACUGUGGGUUCUUGGAGUAGUUAAAUGGACAUUUCUUUAUACAGACACACGGGGACUUUGAGUCAAGUAUGAUAUGGCUGCAUUUUUUUCCUGUUGUAAAUGAAAUUAUCUUGUUACUUUAUUUUUAUAAUAUGACUUUAAUAAUGUAAAACAAUAAAAAAUAUUUAGCUUUUGUGUA